AUGGACGCAUCAUAUGAUGGUACUGAGGUAACUGUUGUGAUGGAGGAAAUUGAGGAAUCCUACUGUUACACUUCCCCUGGGCCACCCAAGAAGAAGAAAAAGUAUAAAAUACAUGGAGAAAAAGCCAAGAAACCCAGGUCGGCUUACCUCCUGUACUAUUAUGACAUCUACCUGAAAGUUCAGCAGGAGCUGCCCCACCUCCCACAGUCUGAGAUCAAUAAGAAGAUUAGCGAGAGUUGGAGGCUUCUCAGUGUGGCUGAAAGGAGUUACUACUUGGAGAAAGCCAAACUGGAGAAAGAAGGUUUGGAUCCUAACUCUAAGCUCUCUACAUUGACUGCUGUGGUUCCGGACAUCCCAGGUUUCCGCAAGAUCCUACCCCGCUCGGAUUACAUCAUCAUCCCCAAGAGCAGCCUGCAGGAGGACCGGAGCUGCCCUCAGCUGGAACUGUGUGUGGCCCAGAACCAGGUGUCCUCUAAAGGACCAUCUCUUGUAUCCAACACAGCCUUGGAGACAGUGCCUAGCCAUGCAGGCAUGGCAGAGCAGUGCAUGGCUGUGGAGGCCCUAGCUGAGGAGGUGGGAGCCCUUGCCCAGCCGGGUGCUGUACAGGAGAUCACCACCUCGGAGAUCCUCAGCCAGGAUGUGCUCCUGGAGGAGGCUUCCCUGGAGGUAGGGGAGAGCCCCCAGCCUUACCAGACAAGCCUGGUAAUUGAAGAGACCUUAGUGAAUGGCUCACCAGACCUCCCCACCAGAAGCCUGGCUGUGCCUCAGCCCCAGGUGGGGGAGAGCAUGUCCGUGGUAACAGUCAUGAGGGAUUCCAGUGAGAGCAGCUCCUCUGCGCCAGCCACACAGUUCAUCAUGCUGCCUCUUCCUGCCUACUCGGUUGUGGAAAAUCCCACCUCUAUCAAACUGACCACUACAUACACCCGCCGAGGCCAUGGGACAUGCACUAGCCCAGGUUGCUCCUUUACAUAUGUCACAAGGCACAAACCACCUAAGUGCCCUACGUGUGGUAACUUCCUAGGAGGGAAGUGGAUCCCAAAGGAAAAGCCAGCCAAAGUCAAAGUGGAAUUGACUUCUGGCGUCUCCUCCAAAGGCUCUGUGGUUAAAAGAAAUCAGCAGCCUGUCCUCACUGAGCAAAAUUUUUCUAAGGAAACCACCUCUAAACUGACUCUGGAGAACUCGGAAGCUGUAAGCCAGCUCUUAAGUGUAGCUCCUCCAAGAGAAGUGGGUGAGGAGAAUGAGUGGGAAGAAGUGAUCAUCUCAGAUGCCCAUGUUUUGGCCAAGGAAUCUCCUGGGAAUCGUGGUACAGCAGUUACUAAGACGCCAGUGGUCAAGAGUGGUGUGCAGUCUGAGAUCUCUCUGAGGACAACUGAGAAUGAUAGUCCUAGCCCAGACAUACCACCACCAGCCGAGGGGACCAGCACUUCCAGCCCACUCCCUGCUUCUAAAAAACUUACAGGAGUCGACCUGAUCAACCCCGGUCCCAGAGCUUCAGAGCUUAAAGGCAGAGCACGGGGCAAACCUUCACUACUGGCUGCAGCAAGACCCAUGAGAGCCAUUCUCCCGGCUCCAGCUAACGUGGGCCGAGGCGGCAGCAUGGGACUGCCCAGGGCCAGGCAGGCCUCUUCCCUGAGUGAUAAGACUCCCUCUGUGAGGACUUGUGGCCUGAAGCCAAGCACGCUGAAGCAGCUGGGCCAGCCCAUCCAACAGCCAUCUAACUCUGGUGAGGUGAAGCUACCAAAUGGUUCGGCCAACAGGACGUCUCAGUUGAAAGUUGUAGAAGUCAAGCCUGAUAUGUUUCCUCCAUAUAAGUACAGCUGCACUGUCACACUGGAUUUGGGCCUGGCUACAUCAAGAGGCCGGGGAAAGUGCAAGAAUCCCUCUUGUAGUUAUGUCUACACCAACCGGCAUAAACCUCGGAUUUGCCCCAGUUGUGGUUUUAACCUUGCCAAAGACCGGACUGAGAAAACCACCAAGGCUCUCGAGGCAAGCUCAGCACUCCCAGAUGUGCUGAGUGUCACAGAGCCCCUGAGCGCGGCCCAGAGGGAGAUCCAACGCCAGUCCACGUUGCAGCUGCUCCGCAAAGUCCUGCAGAUUCCUGAGAAUGAGUCUGAGCUGACCGAGGUCUUUGCCUUGAUUCACGAACUCAACAGCUCUCGACUCAUUCUGUCCAGCGUCAGUGAGGAGACAGUCACCAUCGAGCAAACCUCUUGGUCAAAUUAUUAUGAGUCUCCAUCCACGCAGUGCCUUCUCUGUAGCAGCCCAUUAUUUAAAGGGGAACAAAAUUCCCCAGCUGGGCCCCAAGAGUGCUGGCUGAUGACAGCCAACCGGCUGCAGGUGGUGACUGCCCAGGUGAAGAUGUGUCUGAAUCCCCACUGUCUGGCCCUGCAUAGCUUCAUGGACAUCUAUACAGGUCUCUUCAAUGUGGGGAACAAGGUGCUAGUGAGCCUGGACUUGCUCUUUGCAAUCCGAAACCAGAUUAAGCUGGGAGAGGACCCCAGAGUGUCUGUCAGUGCUGUUCUGAAGUCGGUGCAGGAGCAGGCAGAGAAGACGCUGGCCUCAGAGGAGCUAAGCCAGCUGCAAGAGCUGCUGUGCAAUGGCUAUUGGGCUUUUGAGUGCCUCACUGUCCGAGACUACAAUGACAUGAUCUGUGGCAUCUGUGGUGUGGCCCCCAAAGUAGAAAUGGCCCAGAGGAGUGAAGAAAACGUGCUGGCACUGAGAAGUGUGGAGUUCACCUGGCCUGAGUUCUUGGGCUCUAGUGAGGUAAACGUGGAGGACUUUUGGGCCACGAUGGAGACAGAGGUGAUUGAGCAGGUGGCCUUCCCUGCCAGCAUCCCUAUCACCAAGUUUGAUGCCUCUGUUAUUGCCCCCUUCUUCCCACCACUCAUGAGAGGAGCUGUGGUCGUCAACACUGAGAAAGACAAAAACCUGGAUGUACAGCCAGUACCUGGCAAUGGCAGUGUCUUGGUGAGGCUGCUGCAGGAGGGCACCUGCAAACUGGAGGAGAUGGGCUCCUACAGCGAGGAGGAGCUACAGCAGCUGCUGAGGCAAUGUGGCAUCCCCUUUGGUGCAGAAGACUCCAAGGACCAGCUCUGUUUCUCCUUGUUGGCCCUCUAUGAAUCUGUACAGAAUGGAGCCAGAAGCAGACAGCCCCCGCCUCAUCUCACAGGGGGUAAAAUCUACAAGGUGUGCCCCCAUCAGGUGAUCUGUGGCUCCAAGUACCUUGUGAGGGGCGAGAGUGCCCGGGACCAUGUGGAUCUGCUGGCCUCUUCCCGCCACUGGCCACCUGUCUAUGUGGUGGACAUGGCCACACCGGUGGCCCUUUGUGCUGACCUCUGCUACCCAGAGCUGACCAAUCAGAUGUGGGGGAGGAACCAGGGCUGUUUCUCUAGUCCCAUGGAGCCGCCUGUGAGUGUGUCCUGCCCAGAACUCCUGGAUCAGCAUUAUACUGUGGACAUGACGGAGGCCGAGCACUCUGUCCAGCACCCAGUCACCAAGACUGCCACACGGCGCAUCGUCCAUGCAGGUGCACAGCCCAGUCCUGGUGACUCCAGUGCUGGGCACCACUCUUUGGCCCUGUGUCCUGAGUUGGCACCCUACGCAACUAUCCUGGCCUCUAUCACAGACAGCAAACCCAACAGCAUCCGCCAGCGGCCCAUCGCCUUUGACAAUGCCACUCACUAUUACCUCUACAACCGCCUCAUGGACUUCCUCACCAGCCGUGAGAUUGUCAACCGGCAGAUCCACGAUAUUGUGCAGAGCUGCCAGCCUGGCGAGGUGGUCAUCCGAGACACCCUUUACCGCCUUGGGGUUGCUCAGAUCAAGACGGAGACAGAGGAGGAGGGUGAGGACGAGGAGGUGGCCGCAGUGACAGAAUAA